AUGGACCAGUUCGCCAGGAAGAACAAGAAUGUCCACGUACAAUUAAAGGAGUUGUCAGCAGAAGCUAUGCUGCUGACCAGAAAAAUCAGAGCGGAGCGACCAGCACCUGGCCCGCCUACGACAAACGUGCGCACACAAACGGCUCAACCCAACAACCGUGACGGGAAUACACAAACAAGUCCGCUGGGGAACAAACUAGCGGCUCCGGGUAAAAGGAAACCAGGCUCCCCGUGCGAAGGAGAGCAGGACAAAAGACCUAGGAAGUCAGGGACUAGAAAACUGAGGGAGGCGGAGACUCCGAAGAUCCGGAGGGUCACGAGUGGUAUACAGGAGAAGACUCCCACCAACACCACCCAGUGCAUGCAUCCUAGGACGCCCGGGGACUACCCCGCAACGAAGGGACCUAAGACUGAUGGGAAUCAGUGGGUAGAAGUGAUCGGACGGAAAGCCAAGGCCGCGAGUGCUACCACUGUACCACGGGGGAGGGAUCAGGACCCGGGACCCCGGAGUAAGAAGCGACCAAGGCCAGCACCACCCGAUGCUAUCGUGGUAAGGGACAAGACCGGGACCUAUGCUGACAUACUCAGGAAGGUCAAAACCAGUAUUAACCCCGACGCAAUAGGGGCAACGAUCACCGCGGUCCGUCGCACCAGGGAGGGAGACCUGCUCCUGCAGAUGGGACGGGGCUGUAAAGCCACGCCUGCAUUACAGGAUGCCCUGAGGUCAACCCUGGGCGAGGGGGCAACGGUUCGCACUCUGCAGCCCCACAUUACACUCGAAGUCCGGGACAUAGACGAGGCUACGGGCGAGCUGGAGGUGCGCGAAGCUGCAACCGCUCUAAUCACUAAGGAAGGAGGGACGAUGACAGAAAUGAAGGUAACGCUCCGGCCAGCCUAUAGGGGCACACAACUGGCGAUCAUCCAUACGACGAUGGAAACAGGGCAACGCCUCUUAAAGGAGGGAAGGCUAAAGAUUGGCUGGAUCAAUGCAAGAGUGAGACGGAGACCAGUAGUCCUAAAAUGCUACAGAUGUCAAGGAUUCGGACACCGCAGCCAUGACUGUAAGAGCGGCAAGGACAGAUCCUCUGCCUGCAGAAGGUGCUCUAAGGAUGGGCACAAAGCAGCAGAGUGCAAUGCGCCGCCUAGGUGCCGGGCAGCCCAGGACCUGGUCCUCCAGACUGCGAGAGAGGAAGGAGCCGACGUCCUGCUGCUCUCGGAGCACAAUCGGUCAGGCGGCCCUGACAAAUGGUCCGAAAAUGAAACAGCCAGCGCCGCGAUUGUCGUGUUGAACAGCGAGGUUCCCACCAGGCCAGGGGGAUGCGGCGAAGGGUUCGUGUGGAGGUGGAUAGAUAAUAUCAGAGCCUAUAGCUGCUACUUCUCUCCAAACGUGGACAGCGAGACGUAUGCCAGCGGGCUGGACCAGCUUGAAGCCAGCAUCAGGUCAGCUAGCGGCGACAUCUACGUAGCGGGCGACUUCAAUGCCAAAAACGUCAUGUGGGGUUCGACGGUCACUGACAGCAGAGGACUACUCCUCAUGGAAAUGGCAGCCAGGCUGGGUCUCCUGGUGCUAAAUCGAGGUUCGACGCCGACCUGGUCCCGCCCACACACGGGGUCAGCCUCGGUCAUUGAUGUCAUCUUUGCUAACGAGCGGCUAGCCAGAUGUACCCUCCAGUGGAUGGUUAGCGACAGGGUCACCCUCAGCGACCACAGAUACAUCAUCUUCAAAAACAGACAUGGAGCUCGGGAUUGCAACAAAGUACCAGCAGCCCCACGCGGCUGGAACGCAAAAAGGAUGAACAAGGCGGCUUUUGGCAUGCGCAUCAGAGAAGAGGCGGUGAGGAUCUGUACGCAAAAACCCGCUGACCCGGUCUCGGUUAUGAUAGCAGCAAUCGGGCAUUCCUGCGAUUCGUCCAUGCCCCGCAGGGUUCGCCGGACGAGCCGCAGGCCAGUUUUCUGGUGGAGCCAGACCAUCGCCGAUCUCAGAAGUGUGUGCCUCCGCGCAAGGAGGAAGGCACAACGGGCGAGCAGGGCCGACGCGACUACAAAAGAUGAGCUUCUGAGAACAUACAAGAUGGCCAAAAAGAAUCUCACCAUCGAGAUCAAGCGCAGCAAAGAGGCCUGCUGGAAGGACUUACUGACGUCGGUGGAGGCCGACCCCUGGGGGCUCCCCUACCGCAUAGUCAUGAAGAGACUCGGAGGACACCAGAUCCCGGCAACAAAGGACCCCGAGGAACUGAAGGUGAUUAUAGAAGACCUCUUUCCGAACCACGGCACAG